UUUUAUUUAUGUUAUAUACAAAUAAGGUUCCUUUGCCUUUUGUUUCCUUUCCAUUACUUUCUUUUCUCCUUUCCUUAAGACAAAUAUGCUGUUAAACUUCACUACGACGAAAAUCUCAACUCCAUAACUCGCUAGGGUUUUUUCCCUUCUUUCGAUCCUUUAUAAAUCUCGAAUUUUUUGAGCACUGUCCUUUUCCUAGGGUUUUCAAAGAAAAGCAGCCGCCAUGUCGUUGAGACCGAGCACGAGAACCGAAGUCCGCCGUAACCGCUACAAGGUGGCGGUUGACGCGGAGGAAGGCCGCCGUAGAAGAGAAGACAACAUGGUGGAGAUCCGGAAAAGCAAGCGCGAAGAGAGUUUACAGAAGAAGCGCCGCGAAGGCCUCCAAGCUCAACAAUUCGCUGCUGCUCCUCACUCCUCUAACGUCGAAAAGAAGUUAGAGAGUCUUCCCUCAAUGGUUGCCGGCGUUUGGUCCGAUGACGGCGCAGCGCAGCUAGAGGCGACUACUCAGUUCAGAAAAUUGCUUUCAAUUGAGCGGAGUCCUCCAAUUGAGGAAGUUAUACAAUCCGGUGUCGUUCCACGUUUUGUUGAGUUUCUUAUGAGGGAAGAUUUUCCACAGCUUCAGUUUGAGGCUGCUUGGGCGCUUACAAAUAUUGCUUCUGGAACCUCGGAGAAUACGAAGGUAGUUAUUGAUCACGGGGCUGUUCCGAUUUUUGUAAAGCUUCUUGGUUCACCAAGUGAUGAUGUCCGCGAGCAGGCUGUGUGGGCAUUGGGGAAUGUUGCUGGUGAUUCCCCUAGGUGUCGUGAUCUUGUUCUCAGUCAUGGAGCUUUGAUGCCGCUGUUAACACAGUUGAAUGAACAUGCUAAGCUAUCAAUGCUGAGAAAUGCCACGUGGACGUUAUCGAAUUUCUGCAGGGGCAAGCCACAGCCUCCAUUUGAUCAGGUGAGACCAGCUCUACCUUCGCUCAAACAUCUUGUUCAUUCAAAUGACGAAGAAGUUCUGACUGAUGCCUGUUGGGCUCUCUCAUAUCUGUCUGAUGGUACAAAUGACAAAAUUCAAGCUGUGAUUGAGGCAGGAGUUUGUCCACGACUUGUUGAGCUCCUGCUCAGUAAUCCAUCUCCUUCAGUGCUCAUUCCUGCUCUCCGUACAGUUGGAAAUAUUGUGACAGGAGAUGAUUUACAGACUCAGUUUAUUAUUGACCAUGGUGCAUUACCAUGCCUUCUAAGCAUGCUGACACAUAAUCAUAAAAAGAGCAUAAAGAAGGAAGCUUGCUGGACUAUCUCAAACAUUACUGCUGGAAACAAGGAACAGAUCCUGGCUGUGAUCGAUGCUGGAUUAAUUGGGCCCCUAGUCAAUCUACUUCAAAAUGCUGAAUUUGAUAUAAAGAAAGAAGCAGCAUGGGCAAUUUCAAAUGCUACUUCGGGUGGUACUCAUCAGCAAAUCAAGUACCUGGUUAGUCAAGGGUGCAUAAAACCUUUGUGCGAUCUUCUUGCAUGCCCUGAUUUAAGAAUUAUAACGGUGUGUCUAGAAGGGUUGGAGAACAUUUUGAAGGUUGGUGAAGCUGAGAAGGCUGGGGGUGCUGGGGAGUUUAACCAUUGUGCCCAACUGAUAGAAGAUGCUGAGGGAUUAGAAAAGAUUGAAAAUUUACAGAGUCAUGAUAAUACCGAGAUAUAUGAGAAGGCCGUCAAGAUUCUCGAGACUUAUUGGUUGGAGGAGGAUGAAGAGACACUACCUCCUGGUGAUGGUACUCAGCAAGGUUUCCAGUUUGGAGGGAAUGGAUUUCAGGUUCCAUCUGGUGGAUUCAACUUCAACUGAAGGGCUUUAUAGACCUAACAGUUAGUAAUGGGGGUUACGACUGAUAGACGGGGUCAAAGUUUGGUCGUGUUUGGUCAGUGCACCUUGGUGUGUCUGUUUAUAUAGUAUGUCCAGUGUCCACUGUGGUGAAGGAGGUGCCCAGGUAGGUCUAUCAAUUCCAUGAUUUUCGGAAUAUGGAUGGUUAUGACCAGACAAGUUGUCUGCAAUACCAAGAAAUUACAUGUAAAUGGUACAAUGCAAUGCCAUUGGAGGUUCCUCUUGUAUUGUAUAAGCGGGACUCUUUCACUUAAAUGGGUGUGCUGGUAAGGGUUACCCGGUUGCAGUAGUUGCCUCCUGGUUGUUUUGAGUCGAGAGUUCUUUCAGUUUUUUAAUGGUUGAUAUUUGCGGUCUCAUGUCGUGAAUGGUAUUGAAUAUUGAGUAUUGAUAAACGUCAUUUUAUGGUCUAUUGCUAGAAGAAAGAAAGAAAGAAAGGAAGAAAUUCUUAUCA